AUGAAGCUCCACGGUGAUGAAGUAGCUCUAUUGAAAGAGAUAGGAAAGAAGAUGAAGAAAAGAGAUUGGGACUUUACCAACGAUCCAUGCAGUGGGAAAGGAAACUGGAUUGUAAACUCUAAUCUACUUCAAAAGAGCACUCUCACUUGUGAUUGUUUCAUUGAUCCCCACAACUCAUCGACGUGUCAUGUCAUUUCAAUAGUUUUGACGUCGCAGAAUUUGACAGGCAUUAUCCCCCCAGAGUUCUCUCAGCUCCGUUAUCUCAAAACUCUGAUCCUUCGUCGUAACUGUCUUGUUGGAUCAAUACCAAAGGAAUGGGGAUCAAUGCAUUUGGAAAAGUUAUCUUUUUUGGGGAACCGACUAACGGGUCCAUUUCCGAAAGUGUUAACCAGCAUUACAUCACUCCGAAUUCUGGAACUCGAAGGAAACCAAUUUUCAGGACCAAUCCCUCCUGAGAUUGGAAAUUUGGUUAAUCUGGAAGAAUUAUCGCUGUCUUCAAAUUCUUUCAGUGGUCCUUUACCUGAACAGCUUGGACUCCUUAAAAACCUGCACUUCAUGAGGAUAAGUGAUAAUGACUUUACUGGGCGAAUACCAGAAUUCAUUGGAAACUGGACAAUGUUAUAUCAUCUGGAGAUGUUUGGUAGCGGUUUGGAUGGUCCAUUACCUUCCAGUACUUCAGCCCUGACUAGCUUGUUCAAACUCCAGAUUAGCGAUCUAGGUGGAAAAUCGUCGCCCUUCCCUCCGUUGCAGAAUUUGAAGUCUCUCACUGUAUUGGAGUUGAGGAGAUGCAACAUAAACGGACGAAUUCCAAAAUAUAUUGGAGAUAUGACGAGACUCAAAACACUUGACCUCAGUUUUAACCUGUUAACCAACAACAUUCCAUCAUCAUUGGCCAACUUGAAGUUAGCAGAUUAUAUGUAA